UUGAAAAACUUUUGUAUUUAACUAAUAUAGGUCAGAUACAUUCGUUUUCUAAUGAACCAAAAAUGAUUUUUUUGCAUAUUGAAAAUAACCAAGAACAUGUCAUACAGGCUGUCAUGAAAUAAGAUUGUUUCUUUUCUGGUUUGGUUUUUUGUUUUAAAUCUUUGAUUCCUCCCAAUUUUGGAGCUAUUAUAAAUAAAUUUAUAAUAUUGAAAUACAUUUUAACCGGUAACCGGUAACAGCCAGUUGAAAGAGUGGAAAGCAAGGCCAGUCGUUCUCCAUAUAAUAACAACCGAAGGAAGCGAAAAACAAGCAAAAGCGGAAAAUAGAAAACCACUUUCACUUCAGUUUCAGUCACUGAGAGAGAAAGAAAAGCGAUUCUUUCAUAAGUCAUUAAACACAAUUCUUCAAUAUGCCGAUCAGAAACAUAGCCGUUGGAACUCCACAAGAGGCAACUCAUCCAGACACUUUGAAAGCUGGUUUGGCUGAGUUGAUCUCAACCUUCAUUUUCGUCUUCGCCGGUUCCGGUUCCGGUAUCGCUUACAACAAGCUUACCGAUAACGGUGCCGCCACUCCUGCCGGUCUUAUUUCUGCUUCCAUUGCCCAUGCAUUCGCUCUCUUUGUUGCUGUCUCCGUUGGUGCUAACAUCUCCGGUGGACAUGUCAACCCCGCCGUUACUUUCGGCGCCUUCGUCGGUGGCAACAUCACUCUCUUCCGUGGUAUCGUUUACAUCAUCGCUCAACUUAUCGGAUCCGUCCUCGCUUCCCUUCUCCUCGUUUUUGUCACCGCAUCGCCUGUUCCAGCAUUCGCUCUAUCAGAAGGAGUUGGAAUUGGACCCGGUUUGGUGUUGGAGAUUGUGAUGACCUUUGGAUUGGUGUACACUGUGUACGCAACAGCCGUUGACCCAAAGAAGGGUAAUAUUGGAAUUAUUGCACCUAUUGCUAUUGGUUUCAUCGUUGGUGCUAACAUUUUGGUUGGUGGAGCUUUCUCCGGAGCAUCCAUGAACCCAGCUGUGUCAUUUGGGCCAGCUGUUGUGAGCUGGAGCUGGGCCAACCACUGGAUCUACUGGGCCGGCCCACUUAUCGGUGGUGGGCUUGCUGGAGUUAUCUAUGAAGUUCUUUUCAUUAGCCACAACACCCAUGAGCAGCUUCCAACCACUGACUACUAGAUGGGAAAUGAAAUGAAAUUUGAAAUUGUGUAUUAUUGAAUUUCUCUUUAAUUUCUUUUUCUGUGUAUGUUUUUCUUGUUUGUGUCCUUUUUUUUUUCUUCUCAUUAUUGAGGGUUGUUAAUUUCAUUUUGUGUUGAAAAAAUGGUGGCCGUUGAUCUUUAGUUGUACGGUUGGUGAUCAUGAAAAUGGUUAAUUUAUUUUGUACAUGCUUGGGUCCACCAAUGAAUCAAUGUUAUAAAUUUCGGGUCUGGUUGGUUGUAUGAUUCAA